GAUUCUAACAAUAUUUAAUGAUAAUAAACUUUUUGAGUUUAAAAAUGAAGUGGUAACAGGUAUGGUAUUAAUGAAUGUGAAAGUGAAGAGGAAUAUGAUAAUAUAAAUAUAGAGAAUGAAAAUAAAUGAAAUUAGAAUGUGAUUUAUAUAGACGGAUAUUGUAUUUAAGAGAGUUAGAUCAUCAAUUCCAGUUAAUUGAAUUAAUUGUUAUAAAUAAAAUGAAUAAAUCAUUACUUCAGUCACCAAUAAAGCAAUAACAUCGAAAGAUAGUUUCUUAAUAGUAAAGUAGUCGUGGAUAUCGAUUCUUUGAUAAAUUAUCUUUAUUUACAAAGCAUAGAAUACCGAUAGUUGAGGAGACCCCAUAAAAAAGUGAACGAUAAUCAAGGAGAUUGAAAAAGUACUUUACAACAACAAUGACAAAUUCUAGCUGCAAUUGUAUUAAUUGCGGUAAGAACAAUUCAUUUAUACAAAAGACUUUUAAAUUAUUUCCUUUCGAGAGCAAGUAAAUUGAAUUAAUUUAAUACAAAUUAGUUUUAAUAGAAGGAAGAGACUCUAUAAAAGGUUUAGAAAGUAUGUUCAUUGUGUGUAAUUUAUAAUUAGAUAUAAGAUUGUUUAAAAAAUACGAGAUAGAUAAAGGAAUAAAAUGAAGAGAGCAAUCAACUAGAAUGUACAUGUUCAUAAACCUUCUGCAGUGGCAAAUUUAUUAGCUGAAGGAAUUAAGUAUAUGUAAUAAAUAUAGUUAAGAUAAUUGAAACAAUAACAUCAUGUAGAGAUAUUGAAUGAACAUGAUUCAGAUGAAGAGUUUUAUAAUUUUAAACCUAAGAUGCAUUAGAAUCGUAAAUCUUUGGCAUAGUUCUUAUGUACAACAAAGGGAUAAAAAAAAUUAGAAAGAGUCUACUAUGUGAAAUAAGCCAAUAGACCUAUUAGUUAAUAUAUAGCAAACCGUUCUAAACCAUCUACAACUUAAUGUUCUCCAUAAUCUAUCUUACCUUAAUUGAGUUCAUUGUAUGAUUUCAAAAAUUCGAUCUCUGUCAGACAUAUGAAAAAAUUCUGAUUACAAUAAUUAUUUUUUAAUAAUACCC